CCAUUUGGCGCCAAUCGUCUUCUCUGAAUCGGAAAACCACUAGAAAGGGAAGCUGCUAUAUUCAAUCAUCGUCUUCUCUCAAUCGCCAAACCACUACAAAGGUUUUUGCCUCUACCUUCACGAAAUUUCUGUUAUACCAUGCUCAAUCUUUUUUAGUUUGUUCCUGCAGAAACUUGCCUUAUCACAAUGUUACAAUGGAUGGGAGGAUCAAGGCGGAAGAUUGCAACUAUGGAGGGCAGUCACACAAGUCUACGCAGAAGAGGCAAAAGCAUUAUUUUGAACAGAAAAGACAGCAACAGCAACAAACAACAUGGUCUGAGAAUAUUUCCAUUGCAUCAGAUUCCAGCAAUCAAAUUCAGAGCAAUAAUAGAUCACUGGAUGUCCUUAGUUUGCUCAACGUGCCAACAGUUGUACAAAAUCAUAGGCCACAGUGCGUCACAGAGAAUGAUUCAAGCAAUGAAUGGGAAGCUGACAAUCCCAUUGAUAUUACUGAAACAAUGGUAAAUGCAUCUGGACAAUUUGGGGAGACAGUGAGCCCAGGAAAGCUGGCAUUACUUGCUUCUGACAAUAUGUAUAAAAUCUCAAAUGAAAAUGAUGGAAUAGAAGAUGAGAUGAAGGAAGAUAGCGAUCCUUUGCUAUCUGUUCUUUCACUAAUUUCUAAGAAUGGCCAGAAUAUCAACCCAAAAGGAAGGAUUGUCCCUGAAGCCCAUGUUGCAUUUUCAGUUGAAGGAGUUUAUCUUAUAGUUUUGCAUUGCCGAAGCCUAGAGCAGGCAAAUCUUUCUCAUCCGGGAAACUAGAGCAUCUGAGGGAUGAGUAUGACUUUGAUGUGGACUCUUUGAUGAAAGAUAUAGAUCUCCCUCAUUGUGAGGAUUCUUUUCAGCAACCAUUCCGCUCACGGAACAUAGAGGAAGCAGCAAUCAGAUCCAAAAGGAAAUUGCAGUUUGGUAACAGUUGUAACAGACCACC